AUGGCUGCUACUCCUCUCAAGAAUGUACUAGUGUCCGGCGGUGCGGGCUACAUUGGCUCGCAUGUCGUCUAUGUCCUGCAGAAGACGCGCCGGUACAAGGUCAUCUCCAUCGACAACUACCACAACUCCCACCCCGAGGCGUACAGACGCCUUGAGAAGAUCGCGCGCGACGAAUUGCCCCCAAACCCCAGCGCGCAGGACCUUGACUCUACCAAGAUCGACUACUACGAGGCGGACCUCACGAAUGAGGCCGCCGUGCGCAAGGUCUUUGAGAAGUAUGGGAAGGGCGGCAUAUGGGGCGUGAUCCACAUCGCUGCCUGGAAGGCAGUAGGCGAGUCAACCGAGAUCCCGCUCACGUACUAUCACAACAAUGUCGCCGGCACGAUCAACCUCAUGCGCCUCAUGGACGAGUUUGACUGCACGCGCAUUGUCUACUCCUCCUCUGCCACUGUCUAUGGCAUUCCUCCCGACAUCCCGAUUCCCGAAACCACCCGCAUGCAAGCGCUCAGCCCCUAUGGCAACACCAAGAUCGUCUGCGAGAACAUCAUCAAGGACGUUUGUGCUGCGGAGCCGAAGCGUUGGCAGGCGCUAUCACUCCGUUACUUCAACCCCGGUGGCGCACAUCCCUCUGGCUUGAUCGGCGAAGACCCUGUCGGCAAGCCUCUUAACCUCCUCCCCAUCCUCGCCCAGAUGGCCGUCGGUCGUCUUCCGCCCGUGCUCCAGGUCUUUGGCGACGACUAUCCGACCGAGGACGGCACCUGUGUCCGCGACUACAUCCACGUCGUCGACCUCGCCGCUGGCCAUCAGCUCGCGCUCGACGCCCUCUCAGAGGGCUCUACCGUCUUCCCGCCCAACGCCGAGAUCCGCUACAAGGAGUACAACCUCGGCAAGGGCCACGGCAUGAGCGUGUACCAGAUGGUCGAGGCGAUGCGCAAGGCGACGGGCUUCGACUACAAGACGGAGGUCAUCGGCAGGCGGCGCGGCGACGUGCCCAACCUGACCGCGGACCCCACGCUCGCGGAGAAGGAGCUCGGGUUCAAGGCGCCGCAGUCGCUCGAGACGAUGUGCCGCGACCUCUGGAACUGGCAGAGCAAGAAUCCGAACGGGUACGCGGACGCGGCGGAGAAGGAGGCGCAGCAGUGA